UCCCAUCUCCCGGCGGAAGUGGUGAGCGGAGCUGCGGACUCUCGGCUAGCUGGCUAGGGCGUUGCUAGCGGCACAAAGUGGGAUUUCUGGUACCAUUCCGUUAGUUAUUUUACUGUAAAGGCACUGAAGAUAUCGAGAGCUCGAGUUGAUUUUCUGGAUGUUUAAACUUUUAGACGCACUGUUGUUUAUUCGACCGGUGUGGGAAUAGUGUAUUAGUCCCGGUAGCUCCACAUUACUAGCCUGCUUCCAUCCACGGGGAUUGUGCCGAGAAGCGAGCGAUUGUGGAAACAUGGAGUCCAGGAGAGCUGCGCGCUGCUAGCAGACUUCUGGGGAGUUUUUUUUUGCCUAAUGAAGACUUUUUGAAGGACUUAAGAAGGGGGGAAAAUUCACACACCGAUCCACAUUCGUGCCAUGUUCUAUAUUUAUUCGGUGACCGCCCAGCAGGUUAUUGUGAAGCGGACUUUCCUCCAGUUUUCCAUCGAUGCGGAGAACAAAGUUGUGUCCUGAAGCUCCUCUGUUAGCGGUAGCUCCACAUCGCCAGGCGGCUCGCCCGAGAAGCUCUUUACUUCCAACAAGUACAGUUUAUAUUGAUAAUCUAACGAGCAUCGUCUUCUGCAUGAUGUGUUGAAUGGCUUUAUGACCUGUAGUUGUUUCGCUAAGCUUAUAAACACUAUAACCAGAACUCGUUUAGACGAGUAUUGUGAGGACCUCCUGUUCCCGGGAGGCUCGUCCAGACAGACAGACAAACUGGGAGUAAAGGAACCCCAACAUCUUCAUAUCAUCUAACCCACAGAGGCCACCAGGACGACGCAUCAUUCGUAGCCGUGGUGGGAGACUACUUGAAGACAUCAUAUUAACUAUCGUAAUAUAACAUAUUUUCAAGAUUUGUGAAUAACUAUUACGAAUACAACCGAGACCAGGAGUUGUUUGGCAGACAGCUUGUCCUAGAGCUGAGCAACAACGGACCAGUGGACGACAUUCAUUAAUAGAUUAGACGACGUCCUGAAACCUUGGCCCACUUGAGACGGAUGCCGGAGAAGUACAUUGGAGGAGUUUGCCUCAUCACGUUCUGGAAAAUGUUAAUCGGAAAUAAUUUGCUGCAAAUCUAGAUCCGGAAGCCCAAUGAGUGACACACAGUCCAGUUUCACUGACAGGUUUCCUAAGAAAGCGAUCAGAACGAGCAGCAUUCUCAGUAAAGAUCACCCACCAGACAAGAAGCCCAAAAGUGAUAAAUCCCCACUUCCCUCGAAUGAGUUUGACCCUACAGAGGCUGUGGUGGAGCAGAGGAGUGGCAGUGUGCUGGCGGAGGGGAAGGCUGAGUCCUGUGGUCUGGUUCAACGAUGUGUAAUCAUCCAGAAAGAUGAAAAUGGCUUUGGGCUCACUGUCAGCGGUGACAACCCGGUGUUUGUGCAGCUCGUCAAAGAAGAUGGGGCUGCCAUGCGGGCAGGUGUUCAGACGGGAGACCGCAUCAUCAAGGUGAACGGGACCCUGGUGACGCAUUCGAAUCACGUUGAAGUGGUGAAGCUCAUCAAAUCGGGCUCCUAUGUGGCCCUCACGGUGCUGGGGCGGCCCCCGGGGCUCGCCCAGAUCCCCCUCUCAGAGGCGGAGUCGGAGAUGCUGGGCCUGAGCGUCUCCUCCCCCAACUCUCCCGCCACCGAGCGCCCCUACAGUCCCCUGGACCGGCUCUCCUCAAACAUGACCCCGUCGCCAUGGGAUGAUACUAGCGGUCUCUACACCCAGAAAGCCUUGCAGCGGAUGAUCUCAAAGGAGCAGCAGGAGUUGCAGGCCAUGAAGGAGGAGUACAGCAGGAACCCCUCCCCCAAACUACUGAAAGACAUCCAGGAAGCUAAGAAACACAUUCCUCAUCUGCAGGGCCAGUACCUCAAGGCCAACGGGGCAGCCCAGGAGGCGCUUCCAGGCGGGGAUGUGGAGGACGGUGGCACUUUCAACCCAGAGCUCAGCUCCUCCUCCAGGGGAGACUACAGCACGGACGCCUCCUGGAGCAGCUCUCCUGUGCAGCUUCUUCGUGGCUUCGGCCUGGGGACUCCAGAAAGCCUGCACCAACGGGUAGAGUCAUGUCCAAGCCCCAAGGGCACCCCCAGGGACAGCUUCCACUCCUGCCACUCCCCGGACGUGGAGGAUACCGCGGACCUGGACCCAGCGUCCCCCAGUACCGUCAGCAGCCCCUCCUCCUCCCGCCUCGUCGCCCAGAUCAUCGGAGCUGAGGACGACUACUUUGAUUCGGACCAGGAGCAGACAAACGGCCAGUGUAACAGCUUCCAGAGCAUCGAGCUGAUCAAGUCGCGGCCCGCCCAUCUUGCAGCCUUCCUGCACCACGUCAUCUCUCAGUUCGACCCUGCUCCACUGUUGUGCUACCUCUAUGCUGAUCUGUACAAGCAGACCAACUCCAAAGAGACCAGGAGGGUUUUUAUGGAUCUGCACAACUUCUUCAUUGACCGGGGAGCCCAUUUAAAAGUCCCAGUCCCAGAGACCAUGGCCACUGAUCUCGACCGACGGCGGACAGAGCUGAUACCAGAGGAGCUCAACCGGCAGCACGUGCACACCCUGCAGGAAUCCCUCCUCCCAGACAUCCAGAGGAACCUGGACGACUUCAGGCACAAGCGCAGCAUGGGCCUGACGCUGGCCGAGGCGGAGCUGACCCGGCUGGACCAGGAGCGGACCAGGGAUCGCGUCGCCCUGGAUAGGGAGCGCUCCUACGCCGAGAGCAUCGUCACCAAGAUAGAGGACGUCCUGUUGACGACGCAGAACACGGAGGAAGAGAAAUGCACUACCAUGCAAUACGUCAUCCUGACGUACAUGAAGCACCUUGGCGUGAGAUGCAAAGAGCCGCGCAGCCUGGAGUCCAAGCGGGUCCGCAUCAACUUCCUGCCCAAGAUCAAGAAGAGCAUCAAGACUGAAAAAGACGGCGAGGAGAAGGUGAAGAAACCCCGGUUUCCCAGCAUCCUCGGGCCUCAGCGCCGGCCGAGCCGCGUGGAAGCCGGCUCAGUGGGCAAGGCUUUGGAAGCACGGGCCCGGCCGCAGAAGCAGCUCUCCCAGCCCACGCUGGGGGCCAACGAGUACCUGGAGAGAGGGGGUCUGCGCAGCAGCCAGUCCAGCGAAGGCUCGGAGCUCAUGCACUCCUCGCCCCACACAACCUCACCCCCCAACAGUGCCAGCUACAGCCCGGACACCAGCAGAGACGUCGAUUUCGGUGGGACCCCGACCUCCGGCGGUGGCUCCAGACUGAGUGACGGCCUCCAGACGGACCCCCUGGACGGGCUCCCUUACCCUGCCUCGCACUUUGACCUCUAUGCACUGGACCAACUGCAGGAAGAGGAGAGGGAGAAUGACCGGGUUACUGACGGAACACCCAAGGUCAUACGGAGACUCGAGGGACUGAGCAGCACAGAUGUUCAGAGCGAGGACGACCAGGGCACGGACUCGGAGCUGGACCUGUUGAACUGGCAGCAGCUGGUGGGGAAGGAGGUGCUGGCCGGCCUCAGGCCCCACGACAUCAAGAGGCAGGAGGUCAUCAACGAGCUGUUCUGCACUGAGAGGGCCCACGUGCGCAUGCUGCGAGUGCUGGACCUGGUCUUCUACCAGAAGCUCUCAAAGGAGGCCCUCCUGCCAGCCACAGACAUCAGAAGCAUCUUCACCAACCUGGAGGAGGUCCUGCAGCUGCAUGUUUCCAUACUGGAGCAAAUGGCAGCCAUUCGGAAGAAGAAUGAGUCCUCAGUAAUUGAUCAGAUAGGAGAUGACUUGCUCUCUUGGUUCAGCGGUGGCGAGGAGGUGAAGAUCAAGCAGGCAGUGGGGACGUUCUGCAGCAACCAGCCCUUCUCCUUGGAGUUCAUCAAGACCAGGCAGAAGAAGGACUCCCGCUUCAACGCCUUCAUACAGGAGGCGGAGAGCAACAGACUCUGUCGCCGGCUGCAGCUGAAGGACAUCAUCCCCGUGGAGAUGCAGCGGCUCACCAAGUACCCCUUGCUCCUCGACAACAUCAUCAAAUACACAGACAAUGCAGCGGAGAAGGACAAGCUGAAGCAGGCCAGCGACUGCUGUAGGAAGAUCCUGAGUCACGUCAACCAGGCCGUGAAGGAAUCUGAGGACAAGCAGAGGCUAGAGGACUACCAGAGACGACUGGACCUCUCCUCUCUGAAGCAGACCGACAACCCCAUGAUCCUGGAGCUCAAGAACCUGGAUCUCACCAAGAGGACCCUGGUGCACGAGGGACCGUUGUCGUGGAAAGUGAACAAAGACAAGACUAUUGAGCUGUACACGCUGCUACUGGAGGACAUCCUGGUGCUGCUGCAGAAGCAGGACGAGCGUCUGAUCCUCAAGUGCCACAGUAAAAACCUGGCCGGCAGCGCCGACACCAAGCACAUCUUCAGUCCCAUCAUCAAGCUCAACACCGUGCUGGUCCGCUCCGUGGCCACAGACAACAAGUCAUUCUUCGUCCUCUCCAUGUCCGACAAUGGCGCCCAAAUUUACGAGCUCAUGGCGCCAACCGUCUCGGACCAGCAAACGUGGCAACGUCUGAUCACACAGAGGGCGGACGCCAUGAAGGUGAAGCCUCACAGCGUCAUCCCGCUGCCACAGACCGAUACAUCCACCAGCGGCGAGCGGGACGGCGUGGAGAUGAUCACCGCCGGCGUCUCCCGCCCGAGCAAAGACUCGGACCGCACGUCGACAGGCAGCACCCAAUCCAGCGAGCUCAAAGAGAGCGGUGCGGAGCCUGGACCCGUGGCGCUGGGUUCCACACCAGGCACUAAUCCCUUUGAAGGAGCCAAGCCCUGCAAGGGGGGGGCGCAGAAGGAGGAGGAGGAGGAGGAGGGGGAGGAAGGCUUCGUCGACCCGGAGCACUCUUAUCGAGCGGCUGAGGAAGGCCGGGAGGGGGACUCGUUCAGCCUGUACCCGUCCAGGGCAGACGAAGCGCUCAAGACAUUGGCGUCGUUGAAGCAGGCGCUGGUCACCCAGCUCAUGUCCCAGGAAGCCAGCGAGCGUGUCCAGCGCUGCUCGGGGGCGCGCCUGCUGCGGACCACCUCCCUGCGGACCCCCGUGGACGGCCGCGCGCGCGUCCUGGUGCACAACGGCUCGGAGAAGGGCCCGGUGCAGACGGACGACCCCGCCCAGGACCUGGGCUCCGGGGACACGGGGUUCUUCGACUCCCCCGAGGACUAUGCAGGAUCCCUGGUCCUGGAGGGAUACGGUGGGCCGGGAGAGAGCAGCACAGACGACGAGGUGGCGGGGGGCGCGGGCAAGCAGCUGAGCGCCUCGCGGAGCUGCCCGGCCGACUCGGGCAUCAACCUGAGGUUCUCCACGACGUCGCAGGCCGGCAGUCUGUCCACCUUCAGCAGACAGGUCCUCUCUCACCUCCGCAGCCUGCAGGCCAACCUCAGCUAUCUGAAGGAGGUGGAAGCCAAAUAUAAUAAUUUAAUACGGCAAAGGUCAGAGAAACCUGCGUCAGACAUGGAGGGGAACAAAGAUAAGAGAUAGGGCUGCUCCCGCCACACGGUUCGUCCGGUCCGGUCCCAACGAGGAAGUGUUGACUCUUAAGUUGUUGUUCCUACUUCAUGGGCCCUGACGGAUUACCUGGACGACCCCCAUAAGCUUGACCUCUCACUGCUGAGACCCCCCCCACCCCCAGCCCAUGGUUGCCACAGAAACGAGAGACUGAGCAUGAGCAGACACUGUUCAAGGGUUGAGAGAUGUGUCCCCAUGCCCUCCCCCCCCCAAACCCCACCACCUCCAUCAGCACAAGGCAAUCAGGGAAGUGGAACUGCCCCCCCCAUCCUCACCCGUCUGCAGUCUCUCCCCCGUCCCUCUCUCCCAGAACUCCCUGCGAGAAAGAGAACUUAUACCAAAAUGUACAAAGAUGUGUGUUACGAACUCAUAUAUAUAUCUAUACAUAUAUAUGAAUAUAUAUCUAUACAUAUAUAUAUGAAACGCACAGAAGAAAAGGACAAAUUUUAAGAUAAUGUAUUAUGUUUUUUCUUUUUUUUAUCCCAAGAUGUAUUUAUUUUCUUUCUUUCCAUUCUCUUUUUAAAGUGUUUCCCACGUUGGCUUGCAUGUGUUUGGCUGCGGUAUUCCGGGGCGUUCGUGAUUGCUUAUCCCAGCGCCGCGUGUGCAGCGAGUCGGUGUGACUUUUGAGUACACUCUGGUAUCCUAGCACGCUAGCUUAGCCCCCCCCCCCCCCCCCCCCCCCCUCCUCCUUUCAAUCAAGCAGCAAGAAAUGGCCUGAAUAUAUUUAGAGAGAGAGAGAGAGAGCCCAGAGUUUCAAGGACUAGAGGACAAAAUUUCAAGGACUAGAAGUUGGUUUUAACUAGAAUGAAGAGUCAACCGGGCUCUGAUCUGGUCUGAUGUGUUCUACAACCCCCCUCCCUCCUCCUCCCCCACCCCCCGCCGCUAAAGAGGUGCUAUUACGCCUCUUUCCUAUACCCAUGUAGACUACCCUGACAUCUGACUCCCACUCCCUUCUGUUCCUGCCUAAGACACGCCCAGCCGUGGGUGUGUCUGUUCCUUCACAAUACAUACCCAUCCGUGGGUGUGUCUUAAUAAGACACGCCCACACAUGGGUGUGUCUGUUCCUUCAUAAGACAAGCCCACACGUGGGUGUGUCUGUUCCUUCACAAUACAUACCCAUCCGUGGGUGUGUCUUAAUAAGACACGCCCACACAUGGGUGUGUCUGUUCCUUCAUAAGACAAGCCCACACGUGGGUGUGUCUGUUCCUUCAUAAGACACGCCCACACGUGGGUGUGUCUGUUCCUUCAUAAGACACGCCCACACGUGGGUGUGUCUGUUCCUUCAUAAGACACGCCCACACGUGGGUGUGUCUGUUCCUUCAUAAGACACGCCCACACGUGGGUGUCCCCGUGCGUCCCCUCACGCAGGUCACCGUGCUGCUGCUGCCACCACGUUGUUAUUUAUCCUCUCUCUCCUCUCCGCGUCGUGUGUCCGCUCCGUGUCGCCCUACCGAACAGGGCUGUGUUGCCUGACCGCCCCCCCUCCUCUCUCUCACCGGGAGAGCACCCAGGAGACGCUGCGUGUAUUGGCUUCAGACUGGGUGCAUGCCUCCCUCCUCUUCCGCUGCCGCUGGCUGUUCGCCAAGCCUGGUAUUCUAAUAAUAAUAAUGUCACAUGGUUCAACACAUAUAUUGUACAAUGAUCAAGUUGGAAAGGCUAUGCAUAACUUUAAUAAAUAAAUCGUGCCACGCCACAUUUAAAAAA